CAACUCUCACCUACUACUAAACAAAAACCAAAGCUCUAGCUCCAGUAGUACUUCUAUUUCGUACGGUUAAAUCCCAUUGAAUUGUGUGCAAUGGCGGCAGCAGCAGCAGCAUUAUCCACAUCUUCACUGUUCAACAUCGACUCCGACUCCGUCGACGUCGACAAGCUCAGCCACGAGAUCUUCUCCAUUCUCGAGAACAAGUUUCUCUUCGGCUACGACACUACCACUGCCACCACUCCUCUUCAUCACAUGAAAUCUAGCAAGCACGUCACCGGCAAGGUCAGAAUCUUGACAAUCGACGGUUCUGGAGCCACCGACGGUAUUUUGGCCGCCAGGUCUCUUGUCCACCUCGAGUCCUGUAUCCGCCGCAAGUCCGGCGACUGCAACGCCGCUGUUUCUGACUACUUUGAUGUUGUUUCUGGCUCUGGCCCUGGCGGCAUUCUUGCGGCUCUACUGUUUACUAAAGCAGCAGAUGGAUCUGGCCGGCCGGUGUUCACUGCUCAGGAAGCACUGAACUUCCUCUUAGAAAACCGAAGUAAGAUUUUCAAGUCAUCAUCCCAGGCGGGUAUAUUCCGGCGAGUUUUCCGGCCGGUGAAGGCGGAGAAGGAGAGAGAGAGGCUCUUCCGCAAGACGUUCGGCGAUCAGCUUACUCUGAAGGACACCCUUAAGGCGGUGUUAAUUCCCUGCUACGACAUGUCAUCCCGCGCGCCGUUUCUGUUUUCGCGCGCCGACGCGGUGGAAAUGGACGGCUACGACUUCCAAAUGAAGGACGUGUGCACCGCCACGUGCGCGCAUCCCGCCGCAGUGGGCGCCGUAGAUGUCAAGUCAGUCGACGGGAGGACGAAGAUCAUGGCCGUCGACGGCGGAAUUGCCAUGAACAACCCUACGGCCGCGGCUAUUACGCACGUGUUGAAUAACAAGCAAGAGUUUCCGUUCUGUUCUGGAGUGGAGGAUCUCUUGGUGGUGUCACUCGGAAAUGGAGAGUCGGAGUUCGGAAACUUGUCGCCUUCUGGCUGCCUAAGAAUCGCCGGAGAAGGAGCUUCCGACUUGGUUGAUCAAGCUGUUUCAAUGGCAUUUGGGGAUUCCCGGACCAGCAAUUAUGUUCGCGUGCAAGCCACCGGCAACAUAGCCAAAAGCGCUGCGCGUAUGGACCACUCUAACAACAGCAACAAGAACAACACCAACAGAGACAUAUUGGCUUUGACAGAUGAAAUGUUGGCACAGAGGAACGUCGAGUCGACUUUAUUCGAGGGGAAGAAAAUUGUGGAGAGCACGAACUUGAAGAAGUUGGAGUUGUUCGCCGGAGAGGUGAUCAAGGAAGAAGAGAGGAGAAAGACGAGCAUUUUGCCGACGGUAGCUUUGAAGCAGACGUCAGGAUCGCCAGCCAGAACUUCGUCUGCUACUACCCUAUCGAGUUUGUCGUCGUCGUGUUGAUUGAUCAGUCUAGUGUUUGAGUUAUUGAACCGGAGUUUGUAUGUAAUUCGCAGCCGCUCGCGGUGGUGAUUAAGGAAAUCAGGCAUCCGAGUCUGAGCUGCAAGAGUGCGUUUGAGCUAUGUAAACUUAUGAUAGAGUGGUGUAUAAGGAAAUUAAAUUAGCAUGAGGGUAACUAGCUAGUAGUGCAGAGAUGAUUUUAAUUGAAGCUUGGAGAGGUUUCGAUGUAGUAUAUGUAUUUGAUCCUACGAUUGGGGUCCUUAUUGUA